GGUUGAGUAGCCUAUCUGAAAAAUGCAGCGAGUGUGACAAGGACCAAAGACGAUUUGUUUUUUUUUUUUUGUAAAAGAAGGACCAAAGACAAUUAGGUGGAGAUUGUUUGUUCACGAGGAUUUGAAAUUGGAGCUUGUGCCGCAAUCAUAAAGAACGGGUUCCAACUCGCUCGGUUAAAAAAAAUCAUAAUAUAAUUUAAUAAAACUGAAAAUAAACUAUAUAAAAUUAAACUAUUAAUAUUGAUAUAUAUUUGUAAAGCGGGCAAAAAGUCAGUAUAACAUAAAAAAAGGUAAAACCCUAGGUUUGGAGUCUUUGCGUAAGAUGGAGCCACAAUCGACGACAUCAGGUUCUUCUUUACCCAGCGAUCUAACCUGGGAGAUUCUCUGUCGGUUGCCUGCCAAAUCCGUUGGGAGGUUUCGUUGCGUAUCGAGGCUUUGGUUAUCAAUCACCACCGAUCCACGUUUUAUCAAGUCGUUUGGAACUACACGGCAGCCAAGUGUUCUACUCUGUUCAAUAAUAGGUCACGAUAUGUUUGUUAGUUCGAUCAGGUAUUACUCUCCUUCUCAGCCUAUCCAUCUUUAUCUAAUAAAAGUUCCAGGGAAACAUUGUUACUUCUCUCAUAUGGAUUCUGUCCAGGGCUUGAUCUGCAUUGAUGAUCUGAACUCAAAGGUGCCCCUAGUUUGGAACCCUACCACGGGACAGUUAUUAGUUUUACCCAAACCCAAAAUAAGCUCCAGAUAUACGAAUGUGUUUUUAGGAUACGAUCCGGUAGAAGGUAAACAUAAAGUACUGGGCCUUCCCCAUAGAAAAACUUGCUACGUCUGUCGAGUUUUUACUUUGGGAACAGGGCAAGAAUCAUGGAGGACCGUCAGAACUAACUUUAAGCAUAGGGUUGGAGCCUUUGCUAUUGGUCGAUGCAUCAAGGGGGUGAUAUAUUAUCUAGCACGUAAUCGUCAAGGGUAUGAUACGGUUGUUAUGAGCUUUGAUGUGAGAUCUGAAAUAUUCCAUAUGAUAGAAGUACCCUCAAGUAUUCGUCGGGAUGAGCUGAUAACUUACAAGGGAAGAUUAGCUUGUAUUGAUGCAAAUAAUGAUAAAAGAUUAUGGAGUUUGGAAGAUGAAGAUAAACAACACAAGUGGUCUUUUCAAGAUUUUCUCUCACCUUUUUAUAAGAUGUUUGAAUUAGAAGGUUCCACCCAUGCUGGUGAGUUUAUUUAUGUACCUUUCAACAGAUUGUCUUAUAUUGAAUUCUACGAUCCGGUGAGAAACAGUUUUAGAAAACUCAAACUUGAAGGAAUCGAAGACGAAAAAAUUGGGCACGCUGUGAUGGCUUUCCCGAAUCACAUUGAAAGUCUUAUGUCUUUGUAACCUUUAAAAUAGUCUAUGUCUUUGAAACAGUUUGUUGUUCGCUCUCUUUUUUCUUGGUUUUCAUCGUAAUUUUUUUUACAAAACUUGAAUUGCUCAAGCUAGGAACGUUACAAACUAUGUCUCAGAUAAAAUAGCAUCAGAUUAUAUCGUAA